ACGUUCCCGCCCCUAUCGUCAAUUCAACGUAGAUCGUUUCGUUUACUGAAUUUUCGGGGAAUCCCUGACCUGAUCGAUGUUCAUUGUCAUUGUUGUCAACCGAAUUCGUUGCUUGCUAUUCUAUUAGUGAAUAUUUCUCCGAGUUCAUAAUCAUAUUGAUUGGAUAUUGGAUUAUCGUUAGUGUGUUUUGUGAAGUACGUUGUUUGGAAUAAUCUGAAUGAAGAUGAGUUAUCAUCAUAAAUCUGGCUCCCAAAAACGUAAAGAGCAACAGCAGAAGUUGGAGCACAUGAGAAAAGGAAGAAGAACUCUUGAAAACCUUGGGUUUACUACCUCAAAAGUAACUCCAGGCAUUUCAAAAGUGAAUGAAACCUGUGAUGAAGUUUCAGAAACCUCCAAUAUAUCAUCGCCUGGUCCUGUACCUUCACCUUCAAGCCCCAUUUCCAGUAGUUCUGUUGGGCAAAACGAUGAUCUCCUACGAAGUGGAAUCAUUUCAAACGCAGUUAAAGUUGAUAGCAAUCAAGAUAUAAAUAUGAAUAUCGAUAGUGGAGUACACUUCGAUAUAGGAAAUUUGAGAAACGUUACUCCCGUCAUUAUUGAAGAAGCUGUGAGAAAAGGACCUGAACCCAUUCCAUCACAACUUCCUCCUGAUAGCAACGGAAUGCCAUUUCCCAAAUAUCUAUUAAAUUUAAACAUGAAAAAUGGGGAGGUUGUAUCAAGAGACUGGCUAACUUGGAGUUCCUCGAGGCAAGCACUGUUCUGUUUUCCCUGUAAAGCAACAAGGUCACAACAUUCUUCUCGGUUUGUAACUGAAUAUGGUUGGAGUCCUACAAAUUUCUACAGAAAAUUGUAUAACAGAAUUCCUGAACAUGAAAAUAGUAUCGGUCAUCGAUCAUCAUACCUAGAGUGGCGGGGUAUAGAACAAAAUAUUUUCAAUAAAAAGAAUAUCGAUAACUUAGUAUUGAAAUCUUUAGAAAAAGAGAAAGAGAAGUGGAAAGAACUAUUGCAAAGAUUUCUUCAAGUGAUUCUAUUUUUAUCUGAAAGAGGACUAGCAUUAAGAGGAUCAUCUAGUUUGAUUGGUAAUCCAAACAAUGGCAAUUUUCUUGGUAUAUUGGAGUUGCUAGCAAAUUAUGAUACCAUAUUAGCAGAGCAUCUAGAUGCUGUUAAAGAUUCUCAAGAAACUAAGAAACGUAUGCAAGUACACUAUCUCUCAGCCGAAAUUCAAAAUGAAUUCAUUUCACUUUGUGCUGAACAUGUUAUGGAAAAAAUUUUAAACGAGAGAAAGCUGGCGAAAUAUUUUUCUUUAAUCGUCGAUGCUACCCCUGAUAGUUCUCAUGACGAACAAACAACGUUUAUAUUACGUUAUGUCUGGCUGAAUGAAGAUGGCAAAUACCAAGUGUUUGAAAGAUUUUUAGAAUUCAUCAACUGUAAUAAAAAAACUGGGGAAGAUAUAGCAAACAUGAUUUUAGAAAAUUUGAAAAAGCGCAAUAUUAGCAUAGAAGAUUGCCGUGGACAAGGAUAUGACAAUGGAAGCAACAUGAGCGGACAAUAUAAAGGCGUGCAGGCAAGGAUCCUGGCCCUCAAUCCCCUUGCCAUAUGGUCUCCUUGUGCUUGUCAUAGUUUGAACUUAUGUGGUGUCCAUGCAGCAGAAUGUUGUCCCCAGGCUGUUACAUUUUUUGGAAUAAUCCAAAAGCUGUACAAUAUAUUUAGUGCUAGUCCUUCCAGGUGGGAGAUUUUAAAAAAUAAAAUAGAUGUAUCCCUGCAUUCUCUUUCUACAACUCGCUGGUCAGCUAGAGUAGAAAGUGUCAAACCGGUCUGCAACAAGUUGCCCGGAAUAAAGGAUGCAAUUCUAGAGGUAUUUGAGCUCAAUUUGACAUCAGAAGUGCGAGUUGAAUUGAAUGGUAUUUUAUCAUAUUUGGGAUCAUUUGAAUGUCUCUUAAUGGCUUCAACGUGGCUGAAAGUACUUACAGCUAUCAACUAUAGAAGUGUUAUUCUUCAAACGGAAUCCAUAACUUUGGACAUUGGAACCGAAAAUUUGAAGUCUUUGCUGGAAGAUCUUAAUAUUAUAAGAAAUAGUUGGUCGAAAAUAUUGAAUGAAUGUAGAGAAGUAGCAAAAAAUUUAGAAAUGUCAACCGAAAUGCCUACGUCCGAGAAGAGGAAACGCAAAAGAAAGCAAUUUUUUGACGAAACGAAUUCAGAACAGGAUUUUUCAUCAGAACUUAGUGGGGAGGAUUACUUCAGAAUAAAUGUAUUUUAUUCAAUUCUAGAUGCUGUUAUUUUGAAUAUUUCUACAAGAUUCCAAGCAAUUAAAAAUAUUGUGCAUAUGUUCAGUGUCUUAUGGAAAUUUUUACACUUAGAAGAUGCAGACAUUGAAGAGAGGGCCACUAAUCUCCAAAUUCAGUACCACUUAGAUACUGAUUGUAAAUUAACAGAAGAGAUCAAGCACCUCAAGGUUAUCUUUUCUGCUACUUUUCAAAUGAAUGAUCUUACCCCACUAAAUCUUCUGAAUGAAAUUCACAAAUUAAAAUUGGAUACCUUGUUUCCAAAUAUUGUGAUAUCCUUAAGAAUAUUUUGCACUUUGCCUGUGACUGUAGCCCAAGCUGAAAGGUCUUUCAGCCACCUUUCAAAAAUUAAAAAUGUUCUUAGAUCUACCAUGACUCAGGGACGAUUGAGUGCUCUAGGCUUAUUAUCGAUCGAGUCAAGAGUAGCUAGAAGAUGCGAUUUUUCUAAAAUUAUAGCAAAUUUUGCUACUGCAAAAUGCCGAAAGGCUCACAUAAAAUGA